UUGUGAGUUCAUUUUAUUCUUAUCACCAUGUUUCGGAUUUAUAGUUAGUUUUGGAAGAUAUAAAAAAUUGCCUUUGCAAAUUUGUAUAAAUACUGACCCUGUUGCAUUUGAGUGCAUCAUUAAGUUAUUGAACACUGAAGCGAUACACUUUACUCAAAAUGAAAUUCACCAUCAUCGUUCUGGUUGCUAUUGGCAGUGCCGUAGCUUUUUCACCACCCAAUCAUGCUACUGGCUUGUAUGCGCCAUCUCUUUUGUCAGGAGCUUCACAUUCAACAGGACCUCUAUCUAUAUCUGCUGCACAUCUAAGUGGAGUUUCCAAUGCUCCAACUGGACCCUUAUUCGUUCCUUCUAAUCCUGCAGGAAAUUUGAAUGGCAACAAUGCUGCUUAUCCUGGGGCUACUCUUGCUUUGCACCCUGGCAUUCGGGCACCAGCGGUUAGCUCGCCCUAUUCCGCAGGAUAUCAGAAAGGAUUUGCUCCUAGUCACCUUAUUGGUGCUUCUGGUUCAGGAUAUCCAAUUCAUGGACAAUCACCAAUCGUGCCAACCAUUAUAGGUCAGUCAGUAGGUGGUCAGGGUACAUACGGCAAAUUGUAAAAUCAGAAACAGGUAAAAGUGUGGAGAGGAAACAUUUCGGAGUAAAUAAAUAAAUCAGCAAAUAAUUUCAGCAUAA